AAUAGAGUUGUAAGUACGGGUUCAAAUCGAAACCAAAAUCGACGGAGCUGCAUCCGCCAGAGGCCAGACGCAAUGCUGCCGCCCGAAGAAAUCACCCUGAACGACGACGUCCUGACGGAGAUACUCCUUCGCGUGCCGCCCAAAUCCAUCCUCCGCGCCCGCGCCGUCAGCAAGCACUGGCGCCACAUCGCCACCCGCCCUUGUUUCCUCACAGCCUACGCGCUCCGACGCCAGCCGGAGAUCGUCGCGUUCUUCCGGCUCGACCAAGGCGAUGAGCCAGCCGACGACAAAAGCAGCACCAAUAGCAAAUACAACAAGAUCAAAAAAGCAGUUUGCGCCAUCCCAUUUGACGACGACUUGGAGGGUCGACCACUCCUCUACUAUGAUCCUACCACCAUGUUGUUCCGAGGCUUUUGCUACGGGCUCCUGCUUUUCAACCGAGGAUGCGACUCGCUCUUGAUCUGGAACCCAGCGACGAGGCAAGUGGGCCCCCUUCCAUCACCGCCAAUGGCAUCAUCGCGUGCUUCUGUUCAACCGUUUUGCUUCUAUUACCACCGGCCGUCCGGAAGGUACCGCGUGUUGUGCCAUGUCGAUGAUAUCCCCGCCGACGACACCGCCAACUACAUUCUUUCGACCGGCGCCGCCGAGCCGCGGCGGCUCGGGGACACCAUGCCCGACGGCGUGCUUCGGGAAUCGUCCGCCGUUACUCUCCACGGGAGCCUGCAUUGGCUGAUACACCCGGCUAAGUCUUGUAACCCCGACAAGAUGGUGGCCUUUGACACGGUGUCAGAGAAGUUCCGGACGAUGGCACCACCCCCGGUGCCGGCAGCAGAUAGCCUCAUCUACAAAACGCCUCACCUGUUCGAGAUGAACGGGGCGCUCGCUGUGUCGGCGAUGAGGGAUGCGCCACACAUGGAAGUGUGGACGCUUGAGGACUAUAAUCAGGAGAGGUGGGCAUGGCGCCUCAGGAUCGGCAUACCACAAUACCGGAUCUGCUCACCGUUCACGGCCUCGGCCAUCGGCGUCCUCGAGGUAAACAUGCUGGUCGUCCAACACGAUGGUCGGGUGAUGCUACACGACAUGGCUGGGAAGAGGAAUCAUAGGACAGUUAAAGUUGGGACGACAGGGGAUAUUUCAACUGUAUGGCGACACGGGAUCUACAUGGAGAGCCUCGUCCCGCUCACACCCUCUCCGUCAUGAUAAUAAGUACUCCCUCCGUCACAAAAUGUAAGACGUUUUUUAACAUUACACUUUUCGACUCUAUAAUAAAAAGAGUAUACCUCGCUUCCAUGUCGGCGGUCAGCCGGUGGUAUACGUGCGCGAGUGCGUUGCGCGGCCGCUCGUCGUUGUUGUCAUUCGGAGAAGUUGAUUGUCCAUGCAUUUUCCAUCUUGUGGUUUCCUGCCUUGACGGGUCAUGGUCAUGGACCACGCCCGCGUAUUUUCAGGGUUGCGGGCGCGAUGUGUCAAGGUGAAGCAACCAAAUUUAGUUGCCCUGGCUACUGGGUAGAAAUGUGUAUAAACAAACGAACAAACUUUAUAUAUUUGGAGAAAAUCUCACAAAACUACAAGAGUCAUGGUUUCUGGACAUGUACGGUCUACCCUCCCUGAAUGAAGCAUCAAGAUUCAGAUUGAGGGCCACACACCGUCCGAAAUUACUUGUCAUAAAAACGGAUGUAUCUACAACUAAAAU